AUGCCUUGGUUUAAACGGGAAUAUGCAAAACUUAUUAGAGCUGCUUGGCAAGAUGAUCCAUGUUUAAGACCUGGAUUAUAUCAAGUUUUUUUAAAAUUAUACGAUUUACUACAAAAAUAUCAAAAUGAACAUCCAAAUGAAGUAUCAGCAGGUAUAAGUCAAAAAUUAAUCAAGAAGGAAGGCGGGCCAACAACAAUAGACGAUGAUUCAUUGAUGAAUGUUGACGUUAUUGAUGAUAAAAAAAUAGAUUUCCAUGAUCCAGAUUUAGAUGUGUUCCCUAAAAGCCAAAAAACAAAAAUAACAUCUGCAUCCACCACAACCAGCCUUGAUGAUAAAUCCAUAUCUUCACUAAGAUCUCCAAAUGCGUUUAUUUUAUAUCGAACAAUGUUUUUUCAAACUGCAAGAUCGCAAGGAUAUCAAUUACCCAUGACGGUUGUAUCAGCAAUGGCUUCUAAAUUUUGGAAGCAAGAACCAAAAUAUGUUCAGGAUGAAUAUAAAAGGAUUGCAAAAGAAGCUAAAAAUUUUCGUGAUGAACUGAUUCCAAGCAAUAAAAGUAAUCGACGUAAUAAGAAAAAAGAUG